AAGCGACACCCACGGAAGUGACCAAAAUGGGAAGGUUUGCCUGCGUAUCUUGGCAUGACGCAAUGUCCUAGCUCCUGGUAACACCUAUGGAGUGAUUCAUUCUGAAGUUGUGAGAUGGCUUUGCUAGCAUGCUAAUUUUCUAUAAGAUAAACAUGACCCGAACCCGCAUAAACGCAAACCUAUAUAUUUUACGCUAAUAACACUUUUGUUUACACCACACUGCCAUCCGACUAUGAAGUUGAUCCAUAAAGACAUUGAAAAAGAUAAUGCUGGACAGGUGACCCUGGUGCCAGAGGAGGCGGAGGAUAUGUGGCACACCUACAAUCUGCUGCAAGUGGGGGAUAGCCUUAGAGCAUCUACUAUAAGGAAGGUGCAAACAGAGUCCCCUACUGGAAGUGUGGGCAGCUCCAGGGUUCGGACUACUCUUACCUUAUGUGUGGAGGCUAUCGACUUUGACUCCCAGGCCUGCCAGCUGAGAGUAAAGGGCACUAACCUACAGGAGAACCAGUAUGUUAAGAUGGGGGCUUAUCACACUAUCGAGCUUGAGCUCAACAGAAAGUUCACUCUAGCUAAAAAGAGCUGGGAUAGCAUUGUGCUGGAGAGAAUUGAACAGGCAUGUGAUCCAGUCCAAAAGGCAGAUGUGGCAGCUGUAGUAAUGCAGGAGGGCCUGGCCAACCUGGUGCUGGUGACCCCUGCCAUGACCCUGCUUCGCGCAAAAGUGGAGGUCACGAUUCCUCGCAAGAGAAAGGGAAGCUGCACUCAGCAUGAGAAGGCAUUGGAGAGGUUUUAUGAGGCUGUCAUGCAGGCCAUUCUUCGCCACAUCAAUUUUGAUGUGGUGAAGUGCAUCCUGGUUGCCAGUCCAGGAUUUGUGAAGGACCAGUUCAUGACGUACCUUUUCAAAGAGGCAGUGCGUCAGGACAACAAGCUCCUGCUGGAAAAUCGACCCAAGUUCAUGCUGGUCCACUCAUCAUCAGGCCACAAGUACUCACUGAAAGAAAUUCUUUCUGACCCCACUGUGACAAGUAGGCUUUCUGAUACCAAGGCUGCAGGAGAGGUCAAAGCCCUGGAGGAUUUCUAUAAGAUGCUCCAGCAUGAGCCUGACAGAGCUUUCUAUGGACUGGCUCAUGUGGAAAAAGCUGCUGACGCCCUGGCCGUCGACACCUUGUUGAUAAGUGAUAAACUGUUCAGACAUCAGGAUGUCCCCACGAGGAGUCGUUACGUUCGGUUGGUGGACAACGUGAAAGACAAUGGCGGCAAUGUCAGAAUAUUUUCAAGCCUUCAUGUGUCUGGCGAACAACUGACUCAGCUGAGUGGAGUGGCAGCGAUCUUGCGGUUUCCCAUCACCGACCUAUCAGAGGCUGAGGAUGACAGUAGCUCAGAUGAAGAAUGAUCCCUGAAAGUCUUAUUUGGGGGAUAGAACAAUGUCGACCAUUGUUGCAGAUAACAAGAAUGCAUUGAUUCAUUGCAUUAUAAAAUAAAGCUGCUGUGAAUUGUCCACAUGACAGCAACACUCAUACCUCUUUCAAAUUGAAUUAACACACCCAUUUUUCAAAAUAAUUUGAUUCAGCUUUUGAUGCUUUUGGUUUGAAGGUGUCUUUCAAAGGUGAAGGUUAAGCUAAGACAAGAAUGCACUCAUCUCAUAGGAAUGCUAGUAAAAAGGGAUGUACUUCAUGUUGCCAAAUCCACAUAACAUUUAGAAAAGAAAAUUCACUUUUUUCCAUUGCUAAGUGUAUAAACAGUAAAUCUUUCUUGCAAUUAAAAAAGCAUUCAAGCA